GCGUUGUGUGUGCGAUCGCGAGCGCGGGGCGAAUAAACGAGAGAAUUUAAAGUACAAAAACUUGAAUUGAUAUUGCUUCAUAAUAAUUUUGUCGGGGAUUUUAUGGCUGUGCGCACAACACCAUACCGGCAAGAGAUGCGUACGUGCAUAUGUCACGGUAAAUAGUGAGUGUGAGUCAGAGCUAGAACAAAAGAAACAAAAAGAGCAUCAAUUUUUGUGGCUCACAAAAGCAUUAUCUGUUCUUAUCGUGGAAUCCUUACGACUUUUUACGAGUGAAAGAGAGAAAAGCCAGUGAGAAAUGUGCAUUCCGCUGCUGAUGCAUUUUGUGUCUCGAUGUAUUCGAUAGUGAGUGCGGGUGUUUGUAUAUUUCGGUGUGUGAACGCGCACCCGCGUUAUUUAUUUUCAAGUUAGACAAAGCGUACAAAUCCCGAGUCCGAGAGAAUUUUUAAUCGGUUUUGAGUGACCAAAGCGACAAGUUAAAGAGGAUUCUUCUCUGUCUUUGUUGUAUUCGGUGCUGUGCUGCUGAGGCUGCUGCUGCUUUUUUGCGCCCUCCAAACCAGAGAGAGAGAGAGCGACGGAGAAAAGAAACAAAAAACACAACCGAAAUACAGCAGAGAGCAAAAAAAACCAACCAACGAACCACGACGAAAAUGUUUAUGGAUUGUUUCGAUUUGGCCGUCGUCGCUGCGCGUAUUCGUUUUGCCCGGCAUCAGCAUAUCGCUUUUUUCAGUCGUCAGUUGAUCAGUUUUUACCAUCAAAAAAAGAUGUAAACGCAUCGUACGCGGCUGCCGAACGGUUUGAUUUUUCUCGUGCAAAUCCAGAAAAGAAUUUUUUGUUGUGGUUUUGGCUGUGUGUUUUUUUCUUCUUCUUCUGCUGGACACAGUAUAUUAAAACAACAACAGAACACAAUUAUCAUUUUUUGUGGUGUGAUGCAGAGCAAAAAACGUGAAAAUCGCAAUAAUAUUUUGUGGAUAAUUGACUGAAAUACGGGUUCAGAUUUUUUGAUUCGUUUGAUUUUUGUUUCUGCGUUGAGUGAAUGGUGAUUCAAUUAAUGUGACGAUUUUCGGACACAAAAUAUUGCCCUUGAUUCUUUCUUUUUUUUGCUUGUUGUUGCCAUGAAACUAAAGAAUUUGUGAGAUCAGUUUUUUUUUCUUGUGUUGGUUUGGAAUGAUCCGUUUAAAUAUCCAGUGUGUGUUAUGACAAAGCAAGCAGAAAAAAAGACACGAAAGUGAAUUAAUGAUAGAAAAUCACGGACCACAAAGCUUAAAUAAAUAAAUUCAUGAGCACCUAAGCGCACAAAAAAUGCAUUUCGCAUUGGAAACGCUCCGAAAAACGGCUGUGUUGUGUGACAUUUUUGUGAUUUUUUCGUUGGAAUUUUUUGUCGCUUCGCAACUUAUUGAGACAAAAAGUGUGUUGACAAAAAGGAGAUAGACGGGAAAAAAGAGCGAGAGCGAGCGAGAGUGCAGCAGAAAAAAAAAGUCGAAAUCAACGGCAUUGUGCUAUAGAUUCAAUCCAUCAGAAUUAUUUCUUCGGUUUGGAUUGAUGCUACUGAUGCUGAUUACUUGGAUGUUGCUGUGGUCGUGAAAACAACAAGCGAAUUAAAAGAAGAGAAAAAAAGAGGCGAAAAGAGCCAGGGCAAGCAAGCCCGAGUCAUUCACAUACAUACCGCUUAGAUGCACAUGCCGCAUUAGCUAUGCAUCUCGUAUCGAUUGCGGCCGUUUUGGUGUUUGCUAUGCCGAUUACUGGUUUCAGAUGGUAAUAUAUUCCAUUAUUUUAUUCGAUUUUUAUUCAUGUUUUUCUUCGCAUGUCUUUUUUUCGCCUGUCGCUCGCUUCACCAAUCUGCUCGCGAUUUGUGAAAAUAUAAUUCAAUUUUAUAUAUUUAUUUUUUGUUGUUCCAUUCAGACUCGAGACUCAAUUUUUGUUGCCGAUUUUUUUUUGCCCUUGCCUUAUUUUCAGCAAUACAUUGAAAUGUUUUUUAUAUGCGUUUAAAAAAGUGACACAUUCCUUCUCGACGAAUCAUACGUUCGUUAAAAGUUAGGUUGAGCUCUGCCAACAAAGAGGAUUCGAGUGGAAAGAAGAAAAAUGUGUUUAUGUGCAUUGUUUAUGAUCUUUCAGGGACUUUACUAUCCAAACAAGAAAAAGAUCAAGAAAAAACAGUUUAAGAGGCGCUCCGAAAUAGACAAUUCCAAGAAUAUUCGAUAAACCAACGAAAUAAUAACACACUCUAUCGCUUAUCAGUGUUGAAUAAAUAUUGAUGCAGUCACAUGUUCGACUUGUUUCUCUUUGUUUAGCACUUAAGGUGCAAGAAUUUCACCGACACCCAUUCGGCCAUCGAAACAAAAGCAAAAAAUCAAACAAUUUAGGAGAAAAAAAUAUUUUCGAACAAAACAAAAGAAACUGUAAAAACAAUCAUUUUUGAUUUCAAGCAAAAAUAUUGUAGCAUCUAACUUCCGCAAAAUAAACCGAUCACCUUAGAGUUUUUGUUUCUGUAUUCAAAGCAACACGCCUAACAAAUAUCGUUCUAGCUUCGGUUUUAUUUCCUUGUAUUUUGAUGUUUUUGUUUUGUUUUUCUUACAACAUUUUUAUGACUUACGCGUUCAUUCACCAAAAUUCAUGUUUUCAUCGUCUUUGAUACGUAUAUUUUACCUUUUCCCACUUCGCUCUUACACUUAUUUUCGGAGGGUGAUUGUUAUUGCUUCGUGUAUUUGUUUUCGUUUUUCGAACAUGUUUCUAUAUGAAUUGGCUCAAUUUCAUUGGAAGCUGUAAAAAAAUUCACCUUGAUUUCGACGAACUGCCUAGUUUUUCUCACUUAAUUCGGUUCAGUUCCAAUUUUUCGGUUGUUUUAUUGGUGUUUGGUGCAUUUUUAUGGCACUUUAAUCGCUUAUCAAACAUCAAAUAUGGUCCUUUCUGCCAGGUCAAAAUCUAUUUUAGGUUGUAAACAUGAACAUGUUUCGUUUGUGAUUUUUCAGUUUAUUUUUCUUUCAACAACUGGAUGCAAGAGUUAUUACAGAAUAUUUUAUCGAUCUGUUCGACCAUUCAAAAUAUUUAUUAGUUGGAAUGGAGUUGAAAAGUCGUAAAUUGAAACGAUUUUGCUACUGCAACUGCACCGGAAUUCGGUGAUUGUAGGAAAAUAAAUAUAUAAAGGCUGAAGGCUGAAGGAGAAAAACUGAACAACGACCAAUAAAAUGCAUCGGCUGACUGAAUGAAUACCAACAAUUUCAUCCAUUUGGCAGUGAUUGAUCCGAAAUUUUCACGGAGUUUGAUCCGAAUCUGUCGAAAUUUAGAUCGAAAUAUAAAAUCCACCUUAAGAAAUCAAAUAAAUUACGUAAAAUUCAAACGUAUCUUCUCCAUUUCCAGGGCCGAGGGCAGUAAUCUCCUGUUAGAUCCGUAUUUAGUAUGCAAGAAGUCGCGGCGAUUACGUGGCAAAUAUUAUGAAAUGUGUAAGAAUGAAACGUCGAUGAUGCGCGAGAUCGGCCGUGGAAUCAGCAUGGGAUUUAAAGAGUGUGAACAUCAAUUCAAGCAUCAUCGUUGGAAUUGUUCGUCCAUUGUGCGAAGCAUGAGAAAAAUUCUACUCAAAGAUACAAGGGAAACGAGCUUUGUUAGUGCCAUCACAGCAGCUGGCAUUACAUAUGCCAUCACCCGAGCCUGUACAAUGGGAGAUUUAGUCGAAUGUUCAUGCGAUAAAAAUCACAUUCUUCAAUACAAUACACAAAGCAGUGACAACGGCAACGGAUACGAUGUGAUGGACACCACUCGUUCAACCAGAUUUGCUGCCAAUGCCAAGCACAAACGGCGUCGCCACAAUACACACAACUCAUAUCUACGCAAUCGCAAUAUUUACCGUAACGUAAUAUUACCGGAAGGCAAUGACUGGCAAUGGGGUGGCUGCGGUGACAAUGUCAUGUUUGGAUUUCGCAAAUCAAAGGACUUUCUCGAUUCCAGAUACCAACGACUCAGCGAUAUACGAACAUUAGUCAAAUUACAUAAUAACAAUGCCGGCCGAUUGGCCGUAAAAAAUUUGAUGCGCGUCGAGUGCAAAUGUCACGGGCUGUCCGGUUCGUGUACGAUAAAAACGUGUUGGAUGAAAAUGGCACCGUUCCGUGAUAUUGGUAGUCGGCUAAAGGAGCGUUUUGAUGGUGCGGCCAAGGUGAUAGCACGAAAUGAUGGUCAUAGUUUUAUGCCGGAAAUUCCAUCGAUUAAGCAACCGACACGCCAUGAUCUCGUUUACACCGAAGAUUCAAGUGAUUUCUGUCGAUUCAAUGCAAAAACUGGUUCGCUCGGAACGAUUGGCCGUGAGUGUAACUCAACAUCAGCUGCAAUUGAUGGUUGUGAUUUGCUUUGUUGCAAUCGUGGUUACGAUCAUAAAAUCAUACGCGAAAAAGUCAAUUGCCGCUGUAUGUUCAAAUGGUGUUGUGAGGUAACAUGCAGCACAUGCAUCGAACGGCGCGAAGUCAAUACAUGCAAAUAACAAUACGAUUUUUUGCGCAUUUUAUCAUUAGACGAGUUAAGCAUUUCAUUUUGGAUUUUGUAUGUAAAUAGAUCGAUAACACAUAAAACAUUGGAAAA